AUGAAAUACCUCGUACUUUUUAUUUUAGUAACUACAUACUUUAGGCUACACGAAGCCUGCGAGAAUAAUCGUAUUGAACUUCAUAACGAACUCGGUCCGGGUAGAAUUCUCGAGUUACAUUGUCAUUCCUUAGAAGAUGAUUUAGGCGUCAAGAACUUAAACUUCAAUGCUCCUCCAUUUGUCAUCGGAUUCCAUGACAAUGUGAUUACUAGAACAGCAUGGUAUUGUAUGUUUAGGCAAGGAGCUAACAAGGAAUAUUUUUAUAAAAUCGAAGCAUACAGGGCAGGAUAUAAUUUUAUCCCUAGAUGUGGCCAAUUACGUGUAUGGACGGCCAAACUAGAUGGGAUAUACUUUUCAAAAAUCCUUGGUACACCACCUGUUUUAGCACUACGCUGGAAUAAAGCAUAA